AUGCUCGAGCGCCCGCGGCCGCCGCGGCCCGCACUGAGCAGGCGCCUCCGGGGGCGGGGGCCUGGGGGCGGGGAGGGCCGGGCCGGAGGGCGCCGGUGUCCGGCCGGGCGGGGGGGUCUUCGGGAGGGCCGGGCCUGGGGGCGCCGGUGUCCGGCCGGGCGGGGUGGGGGGGCGGGGGCUGGGGGCGGGGAGGGCCGGGCCGGAGGGGCGCCGGUGUCCGGCCGGGCGGGGGGGGUCUUCGGAGCGGACGGGGUCGGCCGGGAUGAGGCGGGGUGGGUGGGGUGGGGGUCUUCGGGAGGGGCGGGGUCGACCCGGAUGAGGCGGGGUGGGUGGGCGGGGGUCUUCGGGAGGGGCGGGGUCGGCCGGGAUGAGGCGGGGUGGGUGGGGUGGGGGUCUUCGGGAGGGGCGGGGUCGGCCGGGAUGAGGCGGGGUGGGUGGGGUGGGGGUCUUCGGGAGGGGCGACAGCCGUCCCAAAAACGGGAGCUUGGCGGUCAGCCCUGGUGGGUUCCUGGUUAUGCAGUCUGA